AUGGCCGGUGUCAAAGCUUACGAAUUAAGAACUAAGUCCAAGGAACAAUUGGCUACUCAAUUAGUCGAUUUGAAAAAAGAAUUGGCUGAAUUGAAGGUCCAAAAGUUAUCUAGACCUUCUUUACCAAAGAUUAAGACUGUUAGAAAGGACAUUGCCCGUGUCUUAACUGUCAUUACUCAACAACAAAGACAAGCUGUCAGAGACUUAUACAAGGGUAAGAAAUACCAACCAAAGGAUUUGAGAGCCAAGAAGACCAGAGCUUUAAGAAGAGCUUUGACCAAACAUGAAGCUUCUCAAGUUACUUUGAAACAAAGAAAGAAGCAAAUUGCUUUCCCACAAAGAAAGUACGCUAUUAAGGCUUAA